AUGCACUUAUCAAUCCUUAUUGCUGCCGCUCUCUCUGUCGUCUCCUCUGUGCUGGCUUCCUCAAUUCUAGAAGCCAGGCAAUGUAUUGGUCCCCAUGUCAACAAGGCCACUCUCGCCUUGAUCAAAGAAUUUGAGGGCUUCGUACCGAGACCCGAGCCAGAUCCUAUCGGCCUUCCCACAGUGGGAUAUGGCCAUCUCUGCAAGACCAAGGGAUGCAAGGAGGUCAAGUUCCCGUUGAGCAAGGGAACCGCAACAACCUUGUUGAAGAAAGAUCUCAGGAGUUUCCAACAAGCUAUCACCCUGUCAACUAAGACAGCUGUGAAACUCAAUGCAAACCAGUACGGCGCCCUCGUAUCUUGGGCAUACAACGUUGGGCCCAAUGCUGCCCGGUCUUCCAGCUUGAUUAGCAGGCUCAACCAGGGUGAAGAUCCUAACCAAGUAAUUGCUCAAGAGCUGCCCAAGUGGAGAUUGGCUGGUGGUAAAGUCUUCGAGGGACUUGUUCGAAGGCGCAAGGCGGAGGUUAAAUUGGCCAAAACUCCAACCAAGUCGAAGGCACUUCCGCAACAACACGCUGUUUCAUGCAAAGUAGCAGCCUCAGUCUCCUCGGGUUAUCGAUUCAGGGGCCUGGACGGAGCACACCUGGACAGGGUACACAUGAUCCACGUGGCACAAACCAGUCGUGCAAAACAAUUCUCGAACACAGGAGGCGCAAAGACAUUCCAACCCCGAGGCCGGGGUGUUUGA